ACAUAUCAUAUUCUUAACGUGUCACCUACAAUCGCUAUUAAAUGGAGCGUCGAAUUUAAAUUAAGUUCACUAAAGGUAUACGAACAUACCUUAACUUCUCUGUUUAUAUGCGAGUUGGACAGGGAACGGAAGAAAAGGAAGUUAAAAUACAUAUUUCGGCCUGGAUUUUACCUUUUCGGUCAUUUCUUCACGACAAAUCAUUACGAAUGUUUUACAGUAUUUUAAUCAAAGCCUGACCGUUUACACAAUGAAAAAAGGUCUUACAUCUCUAUCUAUCGUGGAUCUGCACACCAAGAGAAAAUCAACACGUGAAAUCAUCGAAGAAAUUGUUUCAGCAAAGAAUAGAGAAGGUGAUGAUGAACGGUUUUACGUAUGUGAUAUAGGAGACAUCAUACAGAAGGUUCAGCUUUGGAGAACUUUAUUGCCGAGAAUAAAACUGUUCUACGGUAAGUAAAGCUAUGUCUCGUUUUCGAUUAAACAAUUUUAUAACUUCGAACUAAAAAGGUUACUCAGUACAAUGAAACCAUUAGUUGGAAUGGAUAGAAACUUGACACAUCUGUUCGCUGUGAUGUUUUGCAAGCCACGUAUAGGCUCAGUAAGUCAGACUUUUGUCCCAUUACACAGUUAUCCUGAUGCCUACACGUGAUAAAAUGUUUGUGUUUAUUUUGUUAUGUUCGCAAACACCUCUCUUACCAAUUUUAAGAGUGAAUUGAAAUUCAACACACUUGUUCAUUGUGGUGAUCCGACAGCAGUGCAAAUGUUCCACGGUUCUCCUGCCUUUUCAUAAAGUUAUGUCGCUAUUUUGACUAAGCAUUUUUUGAUACGUAUUUUUUUGUAAACAGGUAUCUCAGCAUCACCAGAGGGAAAGGUUCUAUAGCUAUUAUAUACGUAUAUAAUCGUUCUAACUUUUUUUUCAAAUUGAAAGUAGAAGUCUAUAUAUAAUUAAAAAUGCAAGUGAAUAUUAAUUACUUUUAAAAAAGGUAUAUGUAAAUGGUUUUGAAAUGUAAGAUUGGGAGACAGCAUUAUUUUAACUAGGGACCAUAUGCCGCUUUUCAUGGUAUUACACACUAGUGUAUCAUUGAAGGAUUGAAGGUUCCAUGUACACCACUGCAUUAACACAUCUGCGAAUGUCUCUAGGUUAUGGUACUUUAACAUGUGUAAAUAUUGAGUUCUGCUCAGCCAUGGUGCUAGAGGGCGUGUACGGUAUAACCAAAUUUUGAAUGGAACCUGUAGCACUAUUAAUGUUUAGACUAUGGGUCUCUUGUUGUUCGGAAAAAGUGCAAACAUAUCUGAUCACUUUAAAAUUAUAUUGAAAGUCAUUUCUCAAUUACUUAAAACAACAACAAAAAAUAGACACCAGUCAAUCUUUCAAGUUUUGAAAGAUUGCAAAUGCAGACAGGUAUCAGUUGUGUUUCAGCGGUAAAGUGUAAUACUGAUGAAGCAUUGCUGCAUGUUCUGGCAGAUAUGGGGGCUUCGUUUGACUGCGCAAGCAAGGAAGAGAUUGAAGCAGUUUUAAAGCUUGGCGUAUCUCCAACUCGUAUUGUGUACGCACACCCAUGCAAGCCUAUUUCGAGUUUAUUUUUUGUGAAAAGACGAGAAGUGUCUUUGAUGACAUUUGACACUGUAAAUGAACUACACAAAGUAAAAGUGUCUUACGCAUCAGCAAGGUUGCUCCUACGAAUACUCCCAGAGCAAGAAUUUGAUGCAAGAUUUAAGUUUGAAGGUAGAUAUGGCUGCUCUGUCACAGAGGCUCCGAAAAUUCUUCAGUCGGCCAAAGAUCUUAAUCUUAACGUCGUUGGUGUAUGCUUUCACGUUGGAAGUGACAUACGGAAUCCCGAAGCUUUUAUUUCCAUUCUGCAACAAUCGAGAACGGUUUUUGACAUUGCCCGAACGAUUGGAUUUAACAUGAAAAUACUAGAUAUUGGAGGGGGAUUUCCAGGACAAAAGAACACCGUCAGACGCUUUAAAGAGAUCACUGAAGUCAUUAACAAAACAUUGCUUGAUUUAUUCCCACCAGAAGAAAACUUAGAGAUAAUUGCUGAACCCGGUCGAUAUAUUGUAGCUUCGGCGUUCACAUUAGUUGCAAAUAUCAUUGGCAAACGAUGCUAUAAAAAACCUGCAGAUGUAGAUAGAGAUGGUUCCAAGCUUGUAGAAAGGUAUGAAAAAGAUAGAAGGAAAUAUGACGACUUAUUUUCUGAAUGAUAGUAUAUUUGGGAACUUCUUAAUUGGUCGGUUGUACAGGCCUGGAUCUCUGAUACAUAGCCCUAACGUUAUAAAGUCUAAAGCAGACCAGGUUUACCAUGAGAGUAAAUUGUUAGGGUCUACACUUGUUCCCGGAGAUUGCAUAAACCGAUCAGUAAUGUUACCCGAACUUGAUGUCGGUGAUUGGCUUUACUACGAGGACAUGGGUGCUUACACUCUAAGUAUGGCUACAAUAUUUAACGGACUGGACGCAACUGCAAUAAAAUACCAUUGCUUGGAAGAGUUGUGGUACCAAGUGUAUCCGGAUUGCAAGUCGGACGAAAAGUCGAUCAAAUGAUUCACACAGUGAACACACCAAUUACAUAUAUAUCCGUGGGUGAUAAGAAUUAUUUUCUUUCGUUAUUUAUAUUGUAAUCAUUGAAGUAAUUUUGUUACCAAUACAA